CCAUCACCGCCGGAGUAGCGGCCGGAGCAGCGUUGUUGCUCCUUGUGAUGUUAGUGUUCUUCAUCUCUUGCUGUAAACGGAAAAAAAGAAGGCCGCUCCAAAACCAAAUGGGUUAUUACACAGACAAUUCUCCUCGCAAAGGGAGUGAUGGGUACAAAGGGCAUUACGGGAAUUGGCACCCAAAUCAGACGCAAGCGAGCGACUACUUCGUGAAGAUGCCACCGGCGCCUCCACACAGCGCCGGCGUGAGCUCCGAGCACACGUGGCCGAUCGGGCCGCCGCCGCUGCACAGCAGCGACAUGAGCUCUGCAGCGUUCUCCGGCCCGGCAAAGCCGCCGCCGCAUCCGUCCACGGCUCUGGGCUUCAGCCAGAGCAGCUUCACGUACGAGGACCUGGCGGCGGCGACCGGCGGGUUCUCGAAGGAGAAGCUGUUGGGGCAAGGGGGGUUCGGGGAGAGGGAGUUUCAGGCGGAGGUGGAGAUCAUCAGCCGCGUCCACCACCGCCACCUCGUUUCUUUGGUCGGGUAUUGCAUUUCUGGUGCCCAGAGGAUGCUCAUUUACGAGUUUGUCCCCAACAAUACUCUUGAACACCAUCUUCAUCUCCACGGAGCAGAUCGCCCUGUUAUGGACUUCCAAACGAGGCUUAAGAUAGCACUUGGAGCAGCAAAAGGUUUUGCUUAUCUCCACGAAGAUUGCCAUCCUCGAAUUAUACACAGGGAUAUUAAGGCUGCAAAUAUUCUCUUGGACUACAAUUUUGAUGUCAAGGUGGCUGAUUUUGGAUUGGCUAAGCUCUCAAAUGAUACCAACACCCACGUCUCUACGCGUAUCAUGGGGACAUUUGGGUACUUGGCACCAGAGUAUGCAGCGAGUGGAAAGCUGACAGAGAAAUCAGAUGUCUACUCUUUUGGAGUCGUACUCUUGGAACUCAUAACUGGGCGACGCCCUGUAGAUGUUAACACUGAUGAUGAUGAAGACAACUUAGUCGACUGGGCAAGGCCCAUUCUGACGAGUGCGGCGGCAGAUGGUGGGAGUUUUGAGGAUCUAGUGGAUCCGCGUUUGGAGAACGAAUACAAUUCCCACGAGAUGCGUUGCAUGGUGGUUUGUGCAGCCGCUUCUAUUAGGCAUUCUGCUAGGAGGCGUCCAAAAAUGAGCCAGAUUGUGCAAGCAUUGGAAGGCGACGUCUCAUUGAAUGAUCUAAACGAGGGAAUUAAAUCAGUGCCGAGCGCAUUGUUUGGGUCUAGUGAGGGUUCAGAUUAUGAUUCUCAUUCUUACACUACAGACACAUUUAAAGGACAAAAAUCUGGGGCAUCAUCAAGCCAAGAGUUCUCGAGCAGGGAGUUUUAAUUUUUCAUAUCCUUAUUAGGGUCUGUUUGGGUGGAGCUAGGAAAUUCAUAGAGUGGGGGCGAGAAAAAAAUUAAAGACAAGAAAUUUAAUGUACACUA